AUGGGAGAGGGGAAACAUCCUUGUUGGCACCUGGCCAUUGUAAGAGGUUGGCGUCGCAACCCCCGUACCCCGUACGAAAACGAGGCCACGGAGAGAUGGCAAGUGACCGGACCAGCCAACGCAAGAUCUGGUAUUGGUAUGCUGGAUCAAGGCAGAGAGACCGUGGUGUCCCGAUUCAGGCAGUUCUCAUGUAAUGUGAUGAUGAAGGACAGAACUUGGAAGCGAGUCGGCAUCGGAGGAAUAACUGAGGUGCCUCGCCUUACUGAAAUACGAUGGAUGCAAUGGAUUAAAGUAGGCUGGGCAUCAUGUUUGGCCUUGGAAGGAGAUCGUGAGGGCAUGAGGUGCCUGCCUGUCUGGACAAGCGAACCAGAAUCAACAGCAAUCUGGGCGAGGCAGGGACUCGAUGGUAGGCAAGAAAGGAGGAGUAGGAGGUUGAGGUUACGUUCAGAAGCACCUGCCUCAGCAACGUGGACACGGCACGCCGCACGAAGCGCCGGCAAGAGGAAGGCGGCACACAAAAAACCAGGAACAGGAAGGAGCAGGAACAAGAUACCUCACGAGGGAGGCAGGAGCGUCGCAACGUGGUGGCUUGAUCUAGAAUCUGCGAAUCUGCCCAUGUAA